AUGUUUAGAAGGUCAUUAUUAUCAACAACAAAAUUCAUUAAUAAAUCAACAAAUUUAUUAUCCAAAGGAAAUUUCCAUGGUAAUUUCCAACAAUAUCGAUUUAUAUCAACUGAAUUAAAAGAUGCAUUAGAUAAAGCAAUUAUUACAUCACCAGUAGUUUUAUUUAUGAAAGGUACUCCAGAAUUUCCUCAAUGUGGAUUUUCAAAAGCUACAAUUCAAAUUUUAGGUCAACAAGGAGUUAAUCCCGAAAAAUUUGCUGCUUAUAAUGUAUUAGAAGAUUCUGAAUUACGUGAAGGUAUAAAAGAAUAUAGUUCAUGGCCAACAAUUCCUCAAUUAUAUAUUAAUGGAGAAUUUAUUGGUGGUUGUGAUAUUAUUACUACUAUGGCACAAAAUGGUGAAUUAGCAGAAUUAUUAGAAGAACUGAAUGCAUUAAUUCCUGAAGAAGAAAAUGAGGAAUCAAUUCAAGAAGAUGAUUCAUCAAAUACUGUUCAAUCAGCAAAUAUUAAACCCAAUAGAGAUUAA